UACACCACUCAGCUGGAUCGCAUCUGUGAGGAAGUGACGGAGGCUGUCGAAGCGGAUUUCCAGUUUAUUAUCCUCUCCGAUUGAAAAGCCGGAAAGGAAAGGAUUCCGCUCAAUCCACCAUGAAAAGCUUGCGCCAAUGCACUUUGAGAGGCCAACUGGAAAUCAUUGCGUCGAGCCAGCCUGUUAGCAUUGAAGAUGUCGAACCGUCUUCCGAAAUUGUCAAGCGAUUCGUGACUGGUGCCAUGAGCUUUGGAUCCAUCUCCAAGGAGGCCCACGCGACUCUGGCGACAGCCAUGGACCGCAUAGGAGCCAAAUCCAAUACCGGAGAAGGAGGCGAAGAUCCUGAACGUUAUUUGAACGUGGAUCCUGCAAAUAGUCAGCGCUCGGCUAUCAAACAAGUUGCUAGUGGUCGAUUCGGAGUGACGGCUGCUUAUCUGGCCAAUGCGGACGAGUUGCAAAUUAAAAUGGCGCAAGGAGCCAUACCGGGCGAAGGUGGCGAAUUGCCCGGCUACAAAGUGACGGUCGACAUUGCUCAAACACGACACAGCGUGGCUGGAGUCGGCCUGAUAUCUCCGCCUCCUCAUCACGACAUUUACUCGAUCGAGGAUCUGGCCGAAUUGAUUUACGACCUGAAAUGCGCCAAUCCGUUGGCCCGCAUCUCGGUCAAACUGGUGUCCGUAGUCGGCGUGGGCGUCGUGGCCGUUGGAGUGGCCAAGGGCAAAGCGGAACACAUCACCAUUUCCGGUCACGACGGCGGAACGGGAGCCAGCAGCAGCUGGACCGGAAUAAAAAACGCUGGACUUCCCUAGGAGCUCGGCAUCGCCGAAACUCACCAAACUCUCGUCUUGAACGAUUGACGUUCAAGAGUCGUCCUUCAGGCGGAUGGACAAAUCUGGACGGCGUUUGACGUCAUCGUAGCCGCCGUGUUGGGAGCGGAUGAAUUCGGGUUCAGCACUGCCCCGCUGAUGGCAUUAGGUUGCACGAUGAUGCGGAAAUGUCAUUUGAACACGUGCUCGGUUGGAAUCGCGACUCAGGAUCCGGUCCUGCGUGAGAAAUUUAAAGGUCAGCCUGAACAAGCCAUCAAUUAUUUCUUCCUUUUGGCGAAAGAAGUCCGCAAAGAAAUGGCCAAGCUGGGACUCGUCAAAUUCCAGCAGCUGAUUGGACGCACCGAUUUUGUCCGUGUUCGUGACGCCCAGGAUCCCGCCAGUCCCAAAAAAUCCAAACUUUUGUACUUUGGCGCCGUUCUACGUAGCGCCCUCAGCAUGCGACCGGGCGUCAACAUCAUUGGCGGAUCCGUCGCCCAGGAGUUCGGUCUUGAGAAUCACCUGGAUCAAAAAUUAAUCAAAGAAUCCGCCAGAAAAUUAGUUUCGCCGUUAAUGUCGUCAAUUCCAAUCGAGCCGUGGGCACCAUCCUGAGUUACACUAUCGCCAAAAAGUAUGGCGAAGAAGGGCAACAAAAAUUACCACCAAACAAAAAUUAGUUAGCGUUCGCACUUUGGCGAAGUAGUGAAAAUCUUUCGUUUCGUGUAAUUGUUAAGCGUAGUCACCGUAAUUAUACAAAAGCCACUUUGCGACUGGAGUUAUUAUUGGUUU